AUGUCUUCUCCGCACGAGGACGAGGAUCAAGAUCUCGAUCAAGAGAUUAAUGUCGAUGCGGACUCGGAUUGUCAAUCACGCGUGUCCUACAACAGUGGCUCCGAGGACAUCGACCUGGAUGGAGACGGCAAUGGGUCCUGCUACGAUGAAUCGGAUGUCGCUAGCGAUCAUCAAACCCACCCAACAGAAACGACGACUCGAUCGCCCAACGAAAACCUGCCCUUCAGUAUAUCGCGACUACUGGGGAAAUCCUACGAGCGAGAGCAAAAGGAAAAGGAUGCGCUCUCCGAGGACACCACACCGGAAGGGCUCAUCAAAAACGGCCAUCACAUUACGGCGGGUUCGCCUGGGAGUUUACAAUAUGCGGCCGGAGCGCUCUACAGCUACCCGAUGUAUCCUGGUGGGCAUGUCCUGCGAGUGCCUCCCCAACGUGGACCAUGCAAUCCGUUAUCCUGGACACUGCCUCCACUGCAUCCUGCCGCUCUCGCUCAUCAAGCUGUCAAAGAUCGGCUAGCCGCAUUUCCCAUCGCCCGCCGCAUCGGCCACCCAUACCAGAACCGGACGCCCCCGAAGCGGAAAAAACCACGCACCUCCUUCACUCGCAUCCAGGUGGCGGAGCUGGAAAAGCGGUUCCACAAGCAGAAGUACCUGGCAUCGGCCGAACGGGCAGCCCUCGCGCGGGGUCUAAAAAUGACCGACGCUCAAGUGAAAACCUGGUUCCAGAAUAGGCGAACAAAAUGGAGGAGACAAACCGCGGAAGAGCGUGAAGCCGAACGACAGGCCGCCAACCGAUUGAUGUUGUCACUUCAAGCGGAAGCCCUCAGCAAAGGCUUCGGUCAGCCACCACCAUCAGCGGCAGCACCAACUUCAGCAACUCCUGGUGCGCCUUUGGCCGCUCUGCACGGUCUGCAACCUUGGGCAGAAGCACACACGGCUGGAUGUUAA